AUGCCGUCAAUCAAUAUAUCCGUAUCAUACGCAGACCAUCACAGAAAUAAAAGAAAACGUGAGCAUCUCGACAUCUCCCACGACGGCACCCAUCACCAUCUCCUACCAACACACGAAUCCAGUCACUUCCUCGACGGUCUCAAACUCCCCAACAUCCUCGUUCGAUGGAUCCCCCUAAAACACUCUCCUCCCAGUGACCAAGAGCCCCUAAUCCCAUCAUCACAACCUCAGUCUUCCUCCUUCGCGUCUAAAUACGGCUCAUGCACCGAAAUCCUCCACUACGGCACCCACAGCUCCGUCCGCGUCUACACCAGAAAAUCAUCCAGAGACUCCAAAAGCCGACAACUCCACAUCGUCAAAGUCUUCCGUCCUUCUUCCCAGCCCUCCAUCACAUCUCACUACCGUCUCGAACAACAUCUCUCCUCCUCCCUGUCUCAUCCCAACAUCUGUCGCGCCACUGAUGCCCUCCGCAAUGAUCGCGGUGAGCUCUGUCUAGUCAUGGACUACUGCGCCGGUGGUGAUCUCAACUCCUUCAUCGCCACGUCUGGUAAGCUCGAGACCGUCGAAGCGGACUGUUUCUUCAAACAGAUUAUCCGUGCCGUGUCCUUCCUCCAUGAAAAUGGCAUCGCGCACCGUGAACUCAAAACGGAGAAUAUCCUUCUCUCCGCCCAUGGUGCGGUGAAGAUAGCGGAUUUCGGGAGUGCAGAGUGUCUCGUCCAUAGCUCUGAACAAUCAGCGAUGACUACAUAUUGCCUCGCGCCGAGGAAGUUAUUCGGGACGGUGUCUUAUAUUGCCCCUGAGGAGUUGCAGGGUGAAAAGGUUGAGGAUCCGAGGGCCGGAGAUGUUUGGACUGCGGCGUUGGUUUAUAUGGCUAUGAGAUGGGGUCGGUUGCUCUGGGGGAUAGCCAGCGAGGAGGAUACACAGUUUGGGGAGUAUCUUUCUGGACGGCAGACUGAAGAGGGAUAUCCUCCGAUUGAAGCUUUGGGGAGGACGUCUCGUCGCAAUGUGGUUUAUGCCAUGCUGCACCCUGUGCCUCAUCGCCGGAUUACCGCUUCAAACGUCCUUCGAUCAGAAUGGGUUCAUGGUGUCGUGGUAUGCGAUGCAGGGGAGCUUGGAUUAUAA